UUUCCAUCACAAUCAAACAACUCAAAUUAGUUCCUAAUCUAUGUAAAAAGACGACUCUGGAAUAUACUCAUGUUAAUGACAUGGGCUUUAUUUGUGAAUGUAAGUCUCUGAAUCCUGUUCCAAUCGAAAAUUAAUUACCUUUUCUUGAUUCCUUUCAGUCCUUUAACUGUUAGCCUUAAACUUAAAUCUUACCAGUUACCUGUUAAUCCCUUAAACUGAUAAAAAUUUCAAUUUUCAAUAUUUUUGUUCAUCAAUGAAAGUAAAAAAAGGUUUAUCUAGUGGCCAGAUUAUGUGAUUGUAUUAACAGUUAAUCAACAGGUUAUCAACGAAAAACAAAAGCUAAAUCGGAGUUUACAGUUUAAUUAUAAAAGUCUAUCUACGAACAAUUAAACAGGUUGUUACUUCAAUCUGCAAUUGGAAAUAUGAUCCAUUGUAAUGCUCAAUUGACUCGACAGUAAAUUGUGGCAGCCUUUUUAUCAAAGAAAAGGAUGGAAAAGCGGAGAAAGAUUGAACCCUUUCAAUCUUCCUUGACCCAUGGCGGUAAUCAAAGACAAAUGACAUCAAUGUCAACCUCAUCUCGGACAUUUACAAUAAAAUCAACAUCACAAAGGUAUUCAAGUGAUAGCCCAAUGGACAAAGAGGGCUUUGAUGUUGAACAAUUUGAAAAUGGACUUUUGAAUAACUCUUCGUUUCGAGAAACUUUAAUUAGCUCAAUUAAUAAUGAUGAAAGAUCUCAGUGGAACAAGGAAAAUGAACCCGAUUCAUUUAGUCGAUCCCAUGAGCAGCCUAGAAUGGCUCCUAAAUUAAUUAGUAAACUUAAAAAUGGUAUAAUUUUGGAAGGAUCUGAUGUUACAUUCCAAGUGAAGUUAACUGGUAAUCCAAAACCAUUAGUUUACUGGUUCAAGAAUGGUUUACCAUUGGUUUCUUCAUCAAGGAUUAAUUGCUGGCAGCAAAAAGUUGAUCAAGGUAUUAAUGGAAAUACAAUAGUUACCAUUUUACACAUUCAUAUGGCAUUACCAGAAGAUUCGGGUUAUUAUACAUUGCUGAUUGAAAAUGAUUUGGGUCGUUUAACGACUUCUUCACAUUUAAUUAUUGAACCAAUGGAUGAGACAAUCAGGUUGAAAUAUUUCACAUCGAAUCAAUCAAAUCAACAAGAAACAGUCAACCGUUCCCAACUAUCGGCAUCAGAAGAUCAAUCGCAUUCACUAUUGCAUCAAGGGUUACAACCUCAUUUUACUCGAAUACCAAAUGAUAGUCAAGUUGCUGAAGGUAAACUGAUUCGUUUUGAUUGUCGAGUUUCUGGUCGCCCAAGUCCAGAGGUUUUUUGGUACCACAAUGGCUCUUUGAUUUUAGAUGAUGGUCGUUAUAAGAUUGUUGUCAAUGAAGAUGGUUUAAAUUCACUAAUGAUACAAUCGGUUGAAAAAAGUGAUUCAGGUCGCUAUAUGUGUGUUUGUCGUAACAUCCACGGACAAGAAGCUUUUGAAGUUAAUUUAACUGUUAUUGAAAGACAAUCCUGUGUACCACCUAAAUUUAUUGAAAGAUUUACCGUUCAAUAUCAUCAACCAGGCGAUAAUUUAGUUUUACAUUGUCGUUCAUUGGGCACACCUCAGCCCACAUUAACUUGGCUCAAAGAUGCUCACCAAAUUUAUCCCAAUCCUCCAAGAGUUGUAAUUGAAACACAUGGAGGAACAUCAACAUUAAUCAUUCAUGGAGUUACACCUUCAGACGAUGGUUGGUAUCAAUGUACUGCUCAAAAUCCAUCUGGAAGUACAGCAACUCGAGCUCGGGUUCAUGUCUUUAGGGGCUCAGAAUAUUCUCCAGUUGGUCGAUCACCAACUCCAGAUUCAUUGACAGGAAGACGAACACCAAAUCGACCAGAAUCAAGACAAUCAUAUCAUCAUCAUUCCCAUCAUUCUCAAGUAACAUCAACAUCAAUGAGAAGUGUUGACUAUUAUUAUCAACAAGAACCAAUUAGUGAAACUAUUCAACUUCGUCACGUAACACGACCAGCUCCAAUCCGUCGUUUAGAUUCGGAAGAACCAUGGACUCGAACAAAUCAGAUCCCUCCUUCAUUUACAUGCCACUUGCGAGAUCUAACACUAAUCGAAGGAGAUAGAGCAUAUUUUGAUGCUCGCUUAGUUCCAAUUGGUGAUCCUUCAAUUGUCGUUGAAUGGACACGUGAUGGUAGGCCAUUAGAGGACUCAUCAAGAAUCAUGACAACUUAUAAUUUUGGACACGUUACCCUAACAAUUUUGCGCACCAAAAAAUCUGAUGCAGGUGUGUAUUGCUGUCGAGCUUGGAACAGUCUGGGCGAAACAACAACGACAGCAGCACUUAAUGUUUUCGAUAAACAAACAAUUCAACAAAAAUCAUUAUUUUCAUCUUCGGCCAAUAUCUUACAAUCUUCCGAUUUCCCUGCCUCUUCACUUGUUGAAGCACCAACAACUCCACCAACUUUUAUAAAACCAUUGAUUGAUUUAGGUAAACUUUAUGAGAAUGGAUAUGCUCAUUUCGAAGCUCAAAUAUCUCCUUUUGAUGAUCCACAUUUAACAGUUAAAUGGUUCUUCAAUGGUAAACCUUUAACAGUCGGUUCACGAAUUAGUACUAUUUACAACUUUGGAUAUGUCGCACUCAACAUUUCAUACCUUCGAGUUGAAGAUUCUGGUGAUUAUACUUGUAAGGUAGUAAACCGACUAGGCGAAGCUGUUUCAACAGCUCGGUUAAAGGUCGUCAGCAGUGAAUCUUUGCCUCUCACAUUCACCGAUGAACCAAAAACAGCAUUCUUAACCGGUGAUCAAGUUAACAAACGUCGCUAUCAAUGGUGUAUUUCAGAAGAGGAAGGACCUAAAACUGAGCCCAGAUUUGUUGAAAAAUUGUCUGAUGUAAAAGGCAUACAUGUUGGAAGAACAGUUCAUUUUGAAGCUACUUUAGAGCCACAGGGUGAUCCAACAAUGAAAGUUGAUUGGUAUAAGGACGAAAAAUUGUUGGAAGCAUCUUCAAGGAUCAAGACUUUCUUCAAUUUUGGUUACGUUGCAUUGACUAUUGAACGGACAGAAGAGCGUGAUGUUGGACAGUAUAAAUGUGUAGCCAUCAAUAAACGAGGCUCUGAUAGUACAAGUGCUAUUUUACAGUUUAUUGAACAAGAUCAUCCUGAUUAUCAACCUUCUCCAGUCCAACCAAUAAGACAAACCAAAGAAACCUGGGAACGGUACAGAGAAACAGAAGAUAUUACUCGUUACAAUAGGAUUGAAGUAGAAGAAAUUGAAUUACAGCGUAAACCUUCAUUUACUUCACCAUUGAUUGGACCUGAGACUGUUGUUGAAGGUGAAGAUGUCCACCUUGAAACACGCUAUAGCCCUAAGAGCUCAAACAUUUCGUUGAUCUGGCUUCAUAAUGGUUCACCAAUAGACAUGAAUGAUCGCCGAUUUUCAGCUAUAUCACACUUUGGUUAUGCUGCUCUUGAUAUAAGGCCAACAAAAUCAAAUGAUUCAGGUGUGUUUACUGUUAUUGCCACCAACGAAAAAGGUGAACAAGCUGAAGUCGCUAGAAGUAUUUUAGUGACACCAUCACCAUCAACAUCCUUGACCUAUGAAGCUGGAGUUGAGAGAAGACAAACUAAAUUAUCAUCGUCAAGCUCACAAUCACACAUUGCAUUGUCUCGAUCAUCAAGCACUAUUCAAGUUAAACCCUAUUUUAUUCAGCCAUUGACUCAACCAACUGUUCAUCUAAUUGAAAAUCAACAUGUCCAUUUGGAGGCUCAAGUUGAGCCUGCUCAUGAUGUCGAGCUUCAAGUUACUUGGCUUAGGAAUGGUCGACAAUUACCGGCUAAUCCAAGAUACACGACAAGGGUUGAUGUUGGUUUCAUUACACUCGAUAUCGUUGAUCUUAAACCAGAAGACAUUGGUGAAUACACAGUGAUUGUUACCAACUCUUUAGGCUCUGCGAGUUCAAGUGCUUCCCUUAAAAUGCAGGGCUACACACCAAAAACUCCAGAAACUUAUGGAAAAGAUUUUAAUCCAUUCAAAUCUCAAUUUGAAAAGGAUGUUCAACAAAGGUAUCAAUCGAGAGUUGAUACUGAACUUGCAGCUAGUAAGCGUGAUAAGGAAAGUAAACCUAAAUUCAUUGUUCCACCUCCUUCUUAUACGGUCGAUGAAGGACAAUCAUUAACAUUGGAAACGCACUUUAUCGGCAAUCCAACACCAACAAUUAAAUGGUUUAUUGAAAAACGCCAAAUUACUUCUGAUGGUAUUAAAUAUAAAAUAACAAAUGAUACAGACGCAGGAGUUUCACGUCUUGAAAUUUUCAAGACCACAUCAAAUGAUUCGGGUAGAUACACCUGUGAAGCCACGAAUAAGUACGGAACGAAUACAACUUCAUCUUUAAUCGAUGUUUAUAAAAGUGGUGAGAGGCCUCGUUUCCAAUCAGAACUAACAGUUUUAACCAUUCGACCUGGUCAACCGUUGGAAUUGAAAUGUCGAGUGGCUGGUUUUCCAUCGCCGAUGAUAGACUGGUUUCACAAUUCUAUUCCUAUUCAUCAAUCAGAAGUAACUUCAAUGACUUACAACUCAGAAACUGGAGACGCUUCAUUAACCAUUCAUAAUGUAACCACAGAACAUUCAGGUCGUUAUUCAUGUCGAGCAACUAACCAAUAUGGAGUUGAAGAAUCAUCGACAAUUGUAAAUGUUUUACCUGACCUUCCAUAUGAUUCAUCAUCUUCUAGACCCACUUUCUAUCGACCUCUGGGUCCCAUGGUAAUUCCUCUCGGUCAUCCAGCUAGGAUUAUUGUUGAAUAUGAAGUGAAACAACCAUUUCAAGCAAGAUGGUAUCAUAAUGGCAUUGAAAUUACUUCAACGGAUAAUAUUCGUAUUGAGACAACAUCAAAUACAUCAUCUUUAACUAUUUAUCGUGUUGGUCCUGAACAUGUUGGACCUUACAGAGUAACAAUCUCCUCCAUAAGUGGUGAAGCAACAACUUUAGGAGAUUUGUCAAUCAUCGAAUCAGUCCCUGAUUCAAGUAAAAGGUCUGUUGAGUUCAAAUCUAUACUGUCGAGUCAGCAGCAGCAACAGCAACAGCAACAGUUUACAACGAUCCAGAGUCAUUCAACGAAGCAAUUUUUAUCUUACAAAUCGGCGAAAAGUAAUAUUCAUCAGAUCGGAGAUACGUCUAGUCGUACAUCUAGCGUACCACCGGGUCUAGAUCGAAAUCGACUUCCAUCUGCUCCAUUAGGCUCCGACCGGUUGGAUAGAGGAAGCCAACCAUUAUAUGGCUCGGAUGCCAUUGAUUCUAGAUUAUUAUCACAAGCAACAAUCUCUCUAGAUGAGCUUCGUGGUGAUGGUCUAUCAACAACACCGCAACAGAUGACGACCUUGCCGUUAGAUAACAGGCAACGCUUACAACGACAGCCUGUAACCCUAACGUCCAAGACGGUAACCCAUCCAUCAUGGCCUGAACAAGCAUCAUCAACCGAAUCCAUUUCUCGCUCACAAAUGUAUCGGGUUACUCGAGUUUCAUCAGCAUCACCUGAACGCAAAUCAGUUUCCCCUCAUUUCCCUCAUCACAGACCAAAAAUGCCUGUCAAUACAGUUGAGGAUAGAAUAAGUUCGCCAAGUGGAUUACCUAAAGCUCCAAUCAAACAUGUUGCCAAUCUUGAAUGGAAACCUCAGCGCCUUGUUUUCCCAGUCUCUCAGAUGCUGGAGGAUGAACCAACCAUGUUUAUCAGCAAGGAUUCAGCAACUCUUAAACCAACGGACAAGGUAAGUGUUAGUCCUUCAAUUAAACCUGUAUUUUCUUCUAUUCCAGUCGACGAAAAGAGUGAAGUUAAAUUAACAAUUGAAUCGACGAAGAAGAGUUACUGGGAAACAUCGACAACUCGGAAAACAACAACAGUAAUGAUGGCUACGGAAUCAGACAAGCGACCAGAGGGCGAACAAAGUGGAUCUCAAAAAGUCGUCCAGAGAAUGGAAAAAGUUACCCUUGAAUUAAAGCCUCCGAUAGUCAACUUUCUUUUUGAAGAAUGGAAAUCUGAUGAUGAAUCUGGACGGAAUGAGAUUUAUUAUGAUACUAGAGGAUAUUCAUUUCCACAGAAACAACCAAGUUUACAACCGACAUCGACUUCAAUCAUUUAUCAGCCUUAUCAAAAGGCAACAUUGGAAUUGCCUUGUCCACGUCUAACCUUUACAUUUGAUGACUUUGCUCCAACCAAUUUAAUUGCUCCUUCACCUGAACUGAUUGAUCUUUCAGCAUAUUUGUAUCAAGAAGAUGAAACUCCCAAAUCAUUGGAGCCUUUGUUUUCAGUUGAAUUUGAAAUACCUUGUCCAAUGAUUUACUAUGGUACAGCUCCAGCUGGAUCAGAAAGUGUUUCACUCUCACCAAUUGGCAUUGAAACAAUUUCAGGCGAAAUAAUCAGACCUGAUUCAGUAAUGUCUGAAAGAUCUGAUGAUGUUGACAUGAUUGAAGAUCGUCCUAGAGGCUUAAAAAGAAGUGCCAGUUUACAUAUUACUCGAGUGGUUGAACCAUCUGCAGUUGUUUACACAGUUCCGUGUCCUAUUUAUGAGUAUCGAUUCCAGGAGGUUCCAAUCGACAAACAUGGUCGACCUUUGUCAGGCAUAUUUGAUCUGAGUGCAGCUCCACCAUCUCCUGGCAUAUUGAAGAGUGAAAGUGGAGUGAUUGACGUUGAGGCUCUGUAUGCUCUUGGUUAUCUUAAAAAUUUGAUUGCCACCAUUGAAAUUCCCAAUACUCGAAUAACCUUUAGGAUUCAAGGUAAAGCACCUAAACCACUUUCAGUGAGUGCUGGACUUGCAGAUGGUCAAACAUCAGAUCAACCAGAAGAGUUGUUGGUUAUAACAGAAUAUGAAGUUCCCUUCCAAAGAUUGGAAACCAAAAGACCAGAAGGAUUGUUAUCUCAACCAUCAACGACCGGACUCGGUUCUCCUUUACAACCAACUACUCAGACUAGAUUAAAAGAGCAACCAAUGACCUCUGAAACCUCACUUCCUUUCCCGAAAAUUUUCAUGUCUCUGCAUGAAGACAUGAUGCCUUCUCAAAGCACUGAUGAGGCAAAUCCUCAAGUGAUCAGCAUUUCUCAACAAUACUCAACUCAACUUAACCGCUAUGAAACACUUGCUCUAAUUGAACGUCAAUAUGGCCCUCUACCGAUGACAUCCGCGCAAACACAACCCGUUAGCCCAUCAACUGUACGAGAAGAGUUUAGAGAGGUAACCAUAAGAUCGCAAGGAAAAAGAAGAUCAUCUAAAACGAUGAAAACUGAAAGUAAAACUUUAUUGAAAGAAAAAGAUAAACCCAUUAAAGAAAAGAAAUCGCCACCGAAAGAGGAAAACUGGACAUGGACUGGAUUGACUAUUCCUGUGUUAACUUAUGUUUUUAAUUUCCCAAUACCUUAUAUAGCCAAUUAUUUUGUUCCAUGUUCAAAACUCGAACCUUCUGAGGAAGUUUCUUCUCAGUUUUACAUAACAAUUUCUGAAAAAAUUCAAAAAAUUAUUUCUAUUGAUCAACUUAAACCAACUAGUACAGUUUCUGAGUCAUCAUCUGGUUUGAGAGUCACAGAUUAUCCUUUACCCGUCGAUGUUGUUCGAGACUUCAUUGUAAGUGAAGGUUUCAUUGAAUUGACAGUAACACAAUCGGAGAUUGAACUUUUGAAGCGUCAAAGGCCACCAUAUGUCAGAGAUACUGUACCACCAAUGCUGAUUACUAUCAGAAGUCAGGCCAGGCCCAAACAAAUUAAACAAUCGGUCAAAAGAUCAGAGGUUAUAACGAUAAAAACAUCAUCAAAGCAAACAGGAAUUGUUGAUGUAAAACAACAACCAAUUACACAAAGUAUUGAAGUUGAAUCAACAGCUAAGCCAACUUUUGAAGCUGAAAGAGUAAGGUACGAGACUAUUCAACCCUCAGUUCAGAUUGUCCAUUCAGUUCCAGAAUCUGACCAUGUGAGCCAACCUCAAGAAACUAUGCAAACAGAAAUUUCAUCAAAAUCAACACCUUAUAAUCAAAUAGUUUAUCAAGUUGAUUUGCCCAAAGAUCAAUCCCUAACUACUCACCAGAGUUAUGAAAGUAGUCAAAUGAUUCACAAAGUUGAAAAGGUUACACCAACUCCAAUCUACAUAAGUCAUCCAGAGAUGAUUCAGCAACCUGAAAGUAGACAGCAAACAUCUUUAGAUAUGACACCGAAACAAGUUCAACCAACAACAACUCACAUUCAACAAUCUCCACCAGUCGCACCGAAGCCUAUCCACAGACAGCCUUUAGGUACUCCAAUUGAACUGACGAUUGGUAAAAAGACUAGUCAGUUCAAACAGCCAGCUGAAUCUAAACUUGAAAUUACAACUCAAUCUACAGAGAUUCCAGUUAAUGAACUUGUUGAUGUAACCCAGAGACCUGAUUAUCAACAAAACAUUAAUCUAGAAUCGUAUGGUCGUCCAUAUGAAAGAACUGACCUUAAUCGGUCUAUUUUCCAAUCAGUAACUAAAACAACAACAAUUGAAACAAGUCCUGUAGUAACUAUUGAUCGACCAGCAAGCGUGUUGCCUAUUACCCAGACUACAUCGACUCGUUUUUCAGAGCAAAUGGAAAGAGAACCAACUAAAGUUACAACUGAAACUUUACAGACUCACACAGCAUCUUAUCAAUUACCAUCGCCUCAAUUAUAUUAUCCGUACCAAGAUGAUAGUCAAGUUCAAAUGCCUUUCCAGCCUCAAAGUCAAACUCCACUGGCUCCUGUUAGAUCCAAAGUCAAGCAAGUCCCUCAGCCUUUGCAAUCAAAACUUGUUGUACAACAGCCAGUCGAGCGUCAAGGUGAUUCGGGUGAAGCUAAAGCACAGCCAGUAAAACCGAUGGUAACUUCAUUCGAGACGCCAACACCAAGGAUAACCUAUCCGUUCCAGACUGACUCUGAGCGACCAGAGCAAUUUAUUACAGGAAUGACUCCACAUCCAGGCUAUAUUGGAUACCCAGAUCAAGAAAAAUUCAUACCUGAAGUAGCGUUAGCAUCAACUUCAAGAGAAAUGACGAUUCAAACCCAAUCAAAAACAUUGACUCAACUGCAAAAACAGCCAACUGCUGGUUCAUCUAUUAUAGUAACAAAAAUGUCGACACAAAAGAGGAUUGAAUCAACAAGAGCAGUUUCACAACCUCAAAUCUCAUCUUCUUCUGAAGAAUUUGUUGAUAUAAAAGUUAUCGACUCACAAAAACGUCCUUUCGAUGUUUCCUCCAAAGCUUUGCCUCAACAUUUUACUGAAUCAAUAACUAAAACAAAAGAUACUCAACCAACACCGAAAUCCGUUAUUUACAAGGAAGAUGAAAAACAACAUGCUCGUGAAACAGUUUCUGCGGCAAUCGAAUCAACUAUGAGAGCAGAAAAAAUGAUUCCCUAUUCAAUUGUUAGAUAUCAUGUUCCUGAUGAAAGCCAAAUGCAACAACCUGAAAUGCCUCGAGAUGUACAUAUUACAUCAAAAGGUAGAUCACAAAGUAAAAUAGUUAUGGAAUCAACAAAGGUUGAAAUCACAAAAUCUCCAAUACAACCUAAGACUGCCUUGAUGGAUCAAUCAGCACCUGAAACCAGUCCAUUCAAGGCAUCAACAACUUCGUUACAAAUGUCUAAGGAGCCAACUCCAACUCAGAAACCUAUCGAUCAACCAGCUUUUAUGCCACGUGAAGUAACAAUCAAGUCAUCUGGAAAGAGUAGGUCAGAAAGUCAAUUGGAAAAAUCAUCAAUAUCUCAGACAAUAUCGAAACAAGUUCAACACCGAUUUCUAUCUGAUUCGGAAUUGCCUUCUUUUGAUUCUGCUAGCCAGAUAACUUUUGAUAAUCAACAGCUUGCACAGGCUCAAUCUGAUUUAGUUCAACAACCAACAUUAUUCGAAAGUCAAAAAUUGUAUACAAGCUCACAGAGAUCAUUUGAAACUCGUGUUGAUCAACCAUAUCAACGUGUCGAAUAUCGUCCACCUUCCGAACUUCAACCUCAAAUUGUACCGAAAAUUGAUGAGGGAAUUCAGAAAACAGCUGCAUCUCAAUAUAUCCAACACGUUUUAGCUCCAUUGGUUAAAGCUGAAUUAACAUUACCCCAUCCAAUGUACAUAUUUAAUGUUGAAGAAAUAAUUGUGAGAACAAAAGAAACAGAAAAACCAGCGAUAGAUGAAACAAAAUCAACUUUAAUGACAUUAACACAACAAAGAAAACAAAAGGCUGUUGACACAAUUACAAAGGCAUUAAGUCCUUUCAUUGUCUCAUUGGAAAUACCAUCACCUCGAUGGGUAUUUUAUAUUAAAGAGAUACGAGUCAGAACUUCGUCCAAAGAAAGAGAUCAAAUAUUUAUCUCUGAGAUUGUCACUCCAUAUCACGAGAUUCCUGCGGUUUCCCCUGCUUAUGUUGAAAUGCCACCAGCGCAUUCAUCUACCUAUGAGUCACAAGCUCAACAAACUUUAUUGUUGACUGAUUUCAAAGGCCCAGAAUCAAGAGAAACGGUCACAUUUACUGACCAACAAUCAACCACACCAGCAAUGGCUUCAUUCAUAGACAUACAAGAAACUGAGUCUGAAAGAAGACGUCGAGCAGCUGCGACAAUUCAUUCUGUGAUAAGUCCAUUGAUCAGAACUGAAUCUUUCCCGGUUCCUAGUUAUCCAAUUGAGCCAGUUAGCCAAGAGUUCAGAUUAACAUCCAAGGGAAGGACGAAAGUUGAUCAAAGAUUCGAAAGAAGUUCACUUGAGGUGACUAAAAGUGUACAAUCUACUUCUUACGAAACUGCUAGUCGAGAUAUUCCUUCAUUGGUUUCAAUCGAUCAAAUGGUAGUUGACCAACAAACUCGUUUACAGACUUCGGUUCAUCAAAUUGAAUCGACUUCAUCGCCAUUAUUACACACAGAGGUCAGAUUACCACAGCAGUUUGUUGAAGAUCAGUCGAUUCGCGAAGUAAGAAUAACAAGUAAAGGCCAAAAGACGAGUGAGGCUAGAUUGGAAAGAACUGUUAUCUCGGCAGAAUCAAAGCCAGUAGCACAACUGUUACCAGAAAGAGCUGAGCUACCAGAUAAACCUUCAGAUGACAAAGACGUAGCUCGAAGUUAUUUGCAAAAUAUCUUACAACCUCUUGUACAAAUGGAAAUACCUUAUCCCCGAUUGUUAUUCCCUGUCCCUGCUGACUUAGAAUCGGUACAAGAAAUGACUAUAACUUCAAGAGGAAGGGACAGACAAGAAGCACAUUUAGAGACAUUCGAAGCUACAAAAUUAGUAUCAACAAUGGAUUUUGAAAACCAACCUGAAACAGAUUCAACAACAAAAACAAUCAUUCAAUUGAAAAGAACUGAAAAACAUAAGAAAGAGAAAAAGAUAAUUCAAAAACAAGUAACUGAAUCGGUUGAGGGGCAAAAGCCACUUCAAUUCCCGACAAGAGAUGUUACCAUAAAAUCAAAAGGAAGAGAAAGAUCAUUAACUAGACUGGAAUCAACUGAGAUUGAAGUAGAAACAAAACCCAAAUCAAUUGAAAUAGAAACAGUUGAUCAACCAAGUUCAGUUGACACUAAAGUCUUAGAGCCAUCAGAUACAAAAACUUCUCAAACGAUUCAAUUGAGCAAACCUGAAAAAAUACAAAGGCCAAUUCAAGUGAAAACUAACAUAAUCGAGCAACCAUCUAUGCCGGUUGAAUAUCCACUGCGCGAUUUUACGAUAAAAUCAAAAGGCAGAGAACGAUCAUUGACUAGACUUGAAUCAGUGGAGAUGGAGAUAGAAAUAAAUAAAAAGGUCGAACAACCAAUUAUUGAUGAAACUCAGAUAAUUCCGGACACGGCUGAGAUUCCUGAUGCAGAUUCGAAAGAUGAAGCAUUAAUUGAAGCUCAAACAGUUAUCCAACUGAAAAAACCGACUAGGAGAGAGAUGGUUGAAAAGAUCGAAGAUUCACCAGGCCCAAAAUCGCCUUCAGUACGCGAUGUUACCAUUAAAUCUAAGGGUCGGGAAAAAUCUUUAUUACGAGUGGAGUCAGUUGAGGUCGAGCUUGAUAAAAAGAAAGAACCUAAUUUGCCAAUUGAAAUAAAGCCAUUAAAGGAAACAGAAGAUACUAGAAAAGAUACUAAAGAGAUACAAUUGAGUAAACCUGUGAUAAUUAAAAAGAAAAUUCCUGGUGAAACAGUAAUUUUCUAUGUACCUGAAAUCACACGUAAACCAUCAUUAAUUGAAGAACCAAUUUCAUCAACAAUGAAGAUUGAAAAGACAACAAUAGAGAUUGAAAAACGCAAAAAAAUCGAGCAGCCUGAACAAGUUGAACUUUCAACUGAAACAAUAAUGAUAACUUCAGAAGCAAAAGAAAUUGUUGAUUCUGGUAAACCAUUGGAAACUGAUGAACAUUUAGUUUUACCUAAAAAGCAAGAAGUAUCAGCUAAGCCAAGUAUCGUAACACAAGAAGCAAUAGUAAUUGCUGAAGGUACUAUUGAUGGAUCAACUAAAUCAUUAGAAACAAAAAUUCCACAAGAAAAAGCUAGUGUCGAUUUGACGCAAUCAAAAGCAGUUACAAUUGAUGAAACUGGACCAGUAGAGAAAGAAACAGCUUUGAAAGCACCAAUACAUCCUAAAUCUAAACAUGCUAGAGUCUUAAAAGGUGUACCGAAACAAAGAUCUUUAUCAAUUGAAGGUAAACAGUUGAUGGAAACUGAGUUGCCUUUAACGGUUGAUCAACCAGAGACUAGUCAUUUGAUUCCAGUUAAAACUGACCAAACUCCGAUAGCAAGUGCCCAAGUAUCUGAAGCUAAACUUGAAGAAAAAACGCUUCCCAUAGAAACAGUUGAUACAAAAGUGAGACGGGCUUCAAUCAAGACAACAGUUCCAAAACGGAGAUCAGUAUCUAUUGAAAGGAAAGAUUUAAUGGAGAAAGAGUUACUUCGAAAAGUACCUGAAAUAUCGAUAUGUAAAGCUUCAAUUGACUUGGUCCCGCCAAUUUUAGCUUUUCAAGUUACAGUGCAAUCGAUAAUGGAAACUGAACAACCAAUUUCAGUUUCACCUGAAACCACGGAACAUCAUGCAACCAGCUCAUUCGAUACAUCAAAAGCAGUAACUGUCAGUGAUGUUUUCGCACCACAAGAAGUUGUUGCUUUCAAAAUUCCUUCAACAAAGUCAGAGUCAGCAUCAGUUGAGGUUACCUCAUUUACUGCUCCUGAGUCUCGAGUUGAGUUCCCAUGUGAGAUUGAACAGCCUCAAACCCCAGAGAAACCUAAAACAUCAAAGGUCAAAGUAAAAGCGCCAGUUAAAACAAAGCAUUCAUUGAUCGUUCAACAGAAAGAUUCCUUUGAAAAAGAAUCAGAACUACAACCUGAAGUCGUUCCAGAUAAAGGACAAGGAUCUGUGUCUUUGACAUCAACAUCUGCCAUAUCAGUUUCAACUCGCGACUAUUUAGAAGCAGCCGAGAAACCUCUUGAGAUCGAUUCAAUCAAACCUAAGGUUGCCACACAGUCAGUGGUUGACAAAACAUCGGCAGCAUUAUCAAUAUCUACCAUUGAAACUGGUGAAAGUGAGACAGUUCAGUUAUCUAAGACACCUUUAGAUAAACGUCCAAGUGUCAGUUUGACUGAAAGUCAAGCCAUUGAGGUAACAACAUCAAUUCCUGGAGAUACUGAGAAAAAUCUCGAAGAAAAAGCUAAACCAGAGAAACAUAAAUUGAAGAAAAAAGUUGAUAUUAAAAAACAAAAACCCAUUUCAAUUGAAUCUCAGCAUCCAAUAGAAUCAGUUGGAUCGAUUGAUAAAAUGGAUCAACCCCUUGAACAAGUUAAAGAGUCAAUUUCACCAAUUACUCCUUUAACAGUUAGUAAGACGGAAACUGUUGAAGAAUCAGAAAAAUUUUCUCAACCUCAAACAGCUAAGCUUUCACAAGCAGCUCAAUCAAUGACGCCUUUAACUCAAGCUAUAACAGUGCAAAGUAUAGAUACAAUAAACUUUGAAAGUCCAUUAAAGGUUGACCAGCCUAUUGUGGAAGUAGCUCGCAUCGAAAUACCAACUUCAAUUGCAAUUGAAGCUUCACUUGAUUCAUUAAUUGAAGCCGGACCUGAAGAGACAAAAUCAGUUCAGCCAAAAAGCCAAAAGGUUAAACCUAGAAAAUUAAUCAAACCAAAACAUCCUCUUCAAGUUACUCAGGGUGAAUCAUUCGAACGUGAAUUAGAUUUACCAUUGGACAACACAAUGGUACAAACAAUUUCAAGCUCUAUUGAAAUAACAACUCGAACAGCAUUUUCAGUAUCUUCGAGUGAUUUAAUAGAAGAAGCAACUGUUUCGACAGCCUUAGAUACUGUUACCAGUGUGGUUGAAGAAUCAAAAACAAUUGAAACGAAACAUAAACCAAUAACAGUUUCAUCGAUUGAGACUCUUGAAACAACCGAUUCAAUUUCAGAUGUAAGACCAUCAGCAAGUCAACCAACGGUUGAUAUUACUCAAGCACAAGCUUUGUCUGUAGUUGAAUCAAUAACAGGUGAAACCGAACAGCUAUAUGCCCAGCCAAUUACUAUGGAGGCUAAGCGCAUGAGAUCCAAAAUUGAUUUACAAGAAAAGCGAACCUUGUCCAUUGAAGCUCCGGAAUUAGUUGAGAAUGUAGUUGAAGCUGUUACAGAAUCAAAACCAAGUGACGUCGCAAAACAGAGUCUGAUUCCAGAAAAAUCUGUAACCAUUGAUUUAGUGCAAUCGAUGGAGAAAGUCGAAACUUUGACCACUACAAGCCCACAAAUUAAAACUAUUGUGUCGGUUUUGUCCGAUAAAAUUAAUACACCAAUGACAAUAACAAUGGAAGUACCAAAUGAUAAUGAAAAACCGUUAAUAACACAAGAAAUGAAGCCAGAUAAAGGAGUUAUGAACGUCGAAACAUCAAUUGCAAUUCAAGCAACUGAAGCUACAUUUAGUAUGAAAGAAACAGAUUUUAUUGAGCAGAAACCAGUCUCGGCGUCAGCUACAGCAAAACAAAUUGAAGACGAUAAAAAAUCAAUUUCGAUAGAAAGUAAAGAAACUUUGGAAAAAGAAGGCGAAUUGUCAGUACCAACAUCUAAGGAGGAAAACUUGACAAUAUCAAGUUCGGUAAUAACUCAACAAGCAAUGGAAAUAACUGUUGCUAUUCCUGGUGAAAUGGAAGAAACUACUAAACCAGAAAAACCAGAAAGGAAAAAAGUUACAAAAAAGACAAAUCUUAGAAAAUUAAAAUCAGUUUCAAUUGAGAAACCAGAACUUUCUGAAAGUAUUGUUCCAAUAGAAACAACACAACAACCAACUAAUCAAGCAGCUAAAUCAAUUGAAUCAGAUCAAUCAAUUAUUGUUUCAGAUAAUCAAAUAAUUGAACAACCAACAGAAUUGAAUAUUGAAUAUCCUGAUGCUAAGCAAAGUUCAUCAACAUUAACUGAUAGAAAUUUACAUCAUUUGGAGGUUUCACUCCAAGAUAUUGGAGUUAAAGAAAGUGAAUUGGCUUUAGAUAAACCUGAUGAAAGUAAUGCUGAUAUCAAUAUUUCACCAUCAACUGCUAUGAUUGGUACUCAAGUGAUUAGUAAUGAGAAAGAAAUUACAAUUGAAGUUGGUGUUGAAGCUAAGCCAUCAAUACAACUAGAAUUUGAAGCUGAAAUGAGAAAAUUUAAAUCAAUUUCAAUCGAGAAAAGAGAAACAUUAGAAAUGGAAGGAAAAUUCGAGACACCCUUGCCUCGAAAAGAGAAGUUAUCAAAGAAAACUUCGAUUUCCAAGAAAAGAUCAGUUUCUAUUGAAAGACCAUUAGUUAUGGAAAGUGAAUCUUCAACUGAUAUACAAAUUCAACCUGAAAUGAAACUAAAAGAAAGUAAAGUUGAUUCAAAAUCAUCAUUUGCAACAACAAACAUACAACAAGAAAGUCUUGAAAGUGAAUCACAAUUAGAUCAACCAAUAGUGAAAUCAAGUCAAGCUGAUAAAUUGAUUGAAUCAAUACCACAAGCUUUAACUGUUAUAACAAGUGAUGUUUCACAAGAUGAAAUACCUUUAGAUUUACCAAAAGAGACAAGUUCAUCUGCAUCAAUUGAUAUACCAACAAUGAUUGUUGCUGAAUCACGAGUUGAUCAAGUAAUAGAGAAAGAAGAUAUUUCAACAAUUGAUGAAAAUAUUUCAAAACCAGAAAAAAAGAAAGUAAAAGUGAAACCAACAAUACGAUCAAAACAAUCAUUCGAAGUUAUCCAAAAGGAUUCGUUCGAAAAAGAAAGUCCAAUUGAAACUGAUAAAACAGAAGUCGCUACACAAAAGUUUGAAGAAACAGGAAAAACAGUAGCAACAGUUGAAUCAAAACAAUUGAUGGAAACUGAAACUGAAAGUUUCAUCUCACCUGAUCAAAGUGAAUAUGUUAUUCCAAAGCUUACUGAAGAGCUCAAUAGGACAAUCACUAUCCAGGAUUCACAACCCAUUGAAUUGGAGGAGUCAGUUAUUUCUCAAAAGUUACCAACUGUCCAACCUCAAGUUGCUUUUGCCACAAGCCAAGGAAUUACAAUCACUGCACAAAUUCCUGGUGAAACAGAAACGAUUCUACCAGAAGAAUUAAAACCUGAAUCUCAUAAACUUAAGAAAAAAGUAGAUCUGAAAAAACAAAGAUCUCUGUCUGUUGAACGUCCAGUUACGAUGGAAGCGACUGAAAACAUCCCGAUCUCGGAAAACAAAAAAGAGACGGCGAGUCAGUUAUUAUCACCUGAAGCAUCUUUAGUAGUGUCAACGAUAGAAUCAGUUGAAAACACAGUCAAGCUAGAAAUAGAAAUACCUUCAGAGAAAACAGUUGUGAAGUCAAUAUCAGAGUCCGUCUAUCAUUCUUAUGAGGUGAACAUACCUGUUGCCGAUUUAGCCGAGACUGAUUUGAAACAGAUCCCUCAUACCUCAUCGAAAGCUCAGAUUGGAAUAACAGAAUCAGAAGCUGCUUCUGGAAUAAUUAGUCAACCAGUUGAAUCUGAAGUUACAUUAGAUGUCGAUUCUUUGCCUGAAAAAGUGAAACCAACAAAAACAUUAACAAAGAAAAAAUCAAGAUCAAUUUCAAUUGAAAGAAAACAAAGUUAUGAGAAAGAAGACAAACUCGAUGUUGAGUUAUGUAAACCAGAAAGUGCUAAGCCUGAUAUUAGUGAUACUCAAGCAAUAUCAAUUGGAAUUGAUGUUCCGAUUGAAAAAGAAGAACAAUUAAAAGAAGAUGUUAAACCAGAGAAGAAAAAGGUUAAAGCAAAGAGACCUUUGAGUAAAACAAGAUCAGCAUCAAUUGAAAGACCACAAUUAAUGGACAAAGAAGAUGAAUUUGAUGUGAAAAAGCCGUUGGUCGUUACAGCAACAACAUCAAUGGUUCCUCAAAAGACGAUCGAAAGUUCAACAGUCGAUACAUUGGAAAGUGAACAAGUUGUAAUACCAAUAGAUGAAAGUCAAAUUGCUGAGAAAACGGCAAAAAUAUCAACAGAAACAAAAUUAUUAGAGAAAGUAAAAUCAUCUGAAAAACUGUUGACAAUGAUUGGUGAACCUGAAAUUGAAAGACCGAAAAUUGAACAAGAAAUUGAAAUUGAAUCAAAAGGACGUAAACCAAUUCGUAAAGAAAUAAUUCAAACGUUUAAAAAAGUUGGUGAUAAAAUAACUUCCAUUCAAGUUGAAUCAACUCAAUAUGAAGAUUCCAUUGUUGAUAUUACUAUGGAACAAGAUAGUAAACAAGAAAUUGAUAUUGAAUCUAAAAAGAAAGGUGAUUUAUUCGUUGAAGAAUUAACAACUGAAUUUGGUGAAUCACCAACUCCAACAACAACCAAAAUGGAAGAUUCUAUCAGUAUUGAAUUACCUGAGGAAGACCAAGAAGUAAUAUCAAAAGAGAAAGAUAAAUCAUCUGAAUCAAUCGAGAUAAUGCCUGAUAUGGAUAUUAAAGUUGAAUCUAAAGGAAAGAAAGACAAAAAGAAACCUAAAUUCAGUGAAAGGUUUGGUGUACAUCGCAACGUAGCUGAUAUUCAAGUUGAAGGUAAGUCGGACAUUGAUAAUAUUCCUGUAGAUAGUUCCUCUGAAAAUUUAGAACAAAUAGAUUCCUUGGAAAAUGUCCCUGUUGUUGAAAUGGAAAUGAUUAAAGAUGAAAUAUCGGAUUUGAUUGGUGAAGCUCCGGAAGAUACUAAACCAGUUGACGAGGAUGAACAAGAUAAAAGUGAAAUUAAAGUUAAAACUCAUAAAGCUAAGUUAAAGAUUCCUGGAACUCGAGUUAUCUACAAAGUUCCUGGUCAUCGUGCCAGAUCACCCAGAAUUGAUACAUUCGAGUCACCCGAAAUUCCUGGUUAUCAAGUAGUUAAACUUAGCAUUCCAGGUAAACGAGUUAUCUUCCGAGCAAGACCAAAAGGAGGCAAACAUAGUGACCAAGAAGAGGAGAUUGUACCGGAAAAGAAGAGUGGAUUAACUAUGGAUUUAAAGAUGGACCAGAUUGAACAAAAGGAAGAGAAAGGUGAUUUGGUUGGAGUGGAAGAGAGUGAGAAGAGUCAAAGAGUGACAAUUAGAUCAAAAGGAAGAAUGAAAUCAUUGCAAAGACAUGAAGCAGUUGAUCUUGAGAUUGAUAUUGAUAAUCAAGAACAUUAUGAGACAUUCGAGAUGAUUGGUGAUGAAGUUCAGCCAGAGGUUAUCCAAGAAGAUGAAAAAAUAGUGACCACAAAAUUGAAAAUAACUGGACGUAAAAUCGUAUUCAAAGUACCAAGAAGAAUGAGUCAGCCUGAGAUUGAAAGUGAAAUGGUUAUUGAUCAACCUGCUCAAAUCGAAAUUCCAGAUAUUAUUGAAGCUCAAACUACGAUCGAACUCAAGAAACCUGAUCAAAAACCAGUUGAAGUUGUGAAACAAAGUGAAUCCGUUGAACUUGAAAAAUCAAUCCCAGUUCAAGAAGUCACCAUAAAAUCAAGAGGUCAACAGAAAAUGGAAACUCAGCUAGAAUCUGAAUCUAUAGAAAUUGAAAAAGCACCAAAACCAAGUUUACAAGAGACAGAGUCCGAAGAUCUAAGGCCUGUUGAAACAUCAGUUGAACUACAGAUAAAAGAAAAAGAAACUGAAUCAGAGAUGGUUGAGAAAGAUAAACAAACUGAAACGACGAAAGUAAAAAUUUCUGGUCGUAAAGUUGUUUUCAGAGUUCCUUCUAAAUCUGAAGAAGGUGAAACUGUCGAGAAAUUGUCUGAAAUCGAAACAUCAAUCGAUCAACCUGAAGAGCAGCCUAAAAAAGUAGAAACACAAAUGAAACCUAAAAGGCCAAGCAUUGGAUCAAUGCAAGAAAUUAUUAUUGCAGCAAAAGGACGACAAAAAUCAUCUUCAAUAUUGGAAUCUACUCAGAUUGAAGCUGAACAAGUGAUGACUGAAGAAGAUAUCGAAGAAUCUGUUAAAAUUAAUAUUACUGGUAAAAGGAUUGUCUUCAGAGUUCCAAGAAAAUUAUGUUUGGAAGACGCGACUGUUUCUGAGGAAUUAGAGCAACCAAAAGACAUCGAGGAACAAGAAAUAGCAGAAAUAACCGAUGAUGUUCCCGCAACGGAUGAAAUGAGUAGCAUUGAUAUUAAGGGUAAAAGAAUUGUAUUCAAAGUGCCUAGAAGGUUCAGCAAAGAACAGAUAAUGGAAGCUGAAGAGUCAAUUUCAGAAACAACACAAGUGAAAAUAACUGGACGCAAAAUUGUUUUUAAAGUUCCUCGAAGACUCAGCCAACCUGAAACUGAAGAGUUGCAAAUAAGUCAUGAUGAGGCUGAUAUUUCAGUGAGUGAACAGGUUGAAGUUGAUACACAAUUCAACGCGAAGGAAGACAUAGAGUUACAGUUGGAAAAAGAAAAGGUACGAGAAGAUCUUGAGAUGGAAACUCAGCCUGAUUCUGUUCAAGAAAUAAGUAUUACAUCUAAAGGACAAGAGAAAUCAGAUCUCGAAAUAGUCUCAGAACAAAUUGAAGUUGUAAAAGAAAUAACUGAAACAACAACUCCUGAUGGCGUUACAGAUGCGACAGUACCAGAUAAAAUAAAGAAAACAAAGAAAAAGAUUAAAUUCGAAGAAAAACCUGCAGAAGAUUACAAAUCGAGUGAACAAAUUGAAAUAGAAAAAGAAUUAGAAGAAGAAGAAAUAAAAAAGGUUGAAAUUGAAACUCAACCAGAUUCUGCCCAAGAGAUAAGCAUAACAUCUAAAGGGCAGAAGAAAUCAGAAAUUAAAAUCGAAUCAGAGCAAAUUGAAGCGAUAAAAGAAAUUACUGAAACCACAAUUCCUGAUGGAGUAACAGAUGCAACAAUACCGGAAAGUGAUAAAACUAAAGCGAAGAAAACCAAGAAAAAGAUCAAGCCAGAGACGAAAUCUAUUGAUGUGACUGAAGAAGAGUCACGUUCUGAAGCUCAAGUAACAAUAGAGUUGCGACAAAAAAUAGAAGCAACUGUAGAAAAGGACGAAGGAGAGAAGCUAGAAAUCGAAAUUCAACCUGAUUCUGCCCAAGAGAUAAGCAUAACAUCUAAGGGACAAAAGAAAUCGGAGAUCAGGAUAGAUUCAGAGCAAUUGGAAGUCACAAAAGAAAUCACAGAAACAACAAUACCUGAUGGUGUAACAGACGUAACGGUACCAGAAAGUGACAAAGAGAAGAUCAAGAAAACUAAGAAAAAGGUUAAACCCAAAGACAAACCUGCAGAAGAAUUUAAAUCGACUGAACAAAUCGAAAUGGAAAAAGAAAUAGAAGAGAAAGAAGUAGAAAAGGUUGAAAUUGUAACUCAACCAGAUUCCACUCAAGAAAUAAGCAUCAUAUCUAAAGGGCAAAAGAAAUCAGAAAUCAAAAUAGACUCAGCAGAAAUCGAAGCCGUGAAAGAAAUAACUGAAACAACAAUACCUGAUAGCAUUACAGAAGCUGCAGCACCAGAAAAGAUCAAGAAGACAAAGAAAAAGGUUAAACCAACAGAAAAACCAGAAGAAGAUUUUAAAUCUAGAGAACAAAUUGACAUGGAAAAAACAAUCGAAGAAAAAGCAACGGAAAAGGUUGAAAUUGAAACUCAACCUGAUUCCACUCAAGAAAUGAGCAUAAUGUCUAAAGGAAGAGAUAAAUCAGAGCUCGACAUCGACUCUGAGAAAAUGGAAAUCACCAGAGAAAUCACUGAAACAGCAACUUCUGACGUUGUGACUGAUGUAACGAUACCAGAAAAAGACAGAGAAAAAGUCACGAAAACAAAGAAAAAGAUUAAACCCAAAGAAAAACCUGCUCAAGAUUUCAAAUCAAGUGAACAAAUUGAGAUGGACAAAGAUCAAGAUCAAGAGAUUUCUCAAGAUGUAUCCAUAAGUUCAAAGGGUAAAGAUAAAUCAGAAAUUCUUAUAGAAUCAGAAAAUAUUGAAGUUGAACGUGAACCUGUUCUGUUGAUUGCACAUGUGGAUGAAGAAGACAAACCAGAUUUAGAAAGAAAAGAUUCGAUUGUAAUUGAAUCGGGUAAAACAGUGAUGAUUAAGAAGAAGAUUCCAGGUGAAACAGUUACUUUCCAUGUGCCUGAAAUCACACGUAAACCAUCAUUAAUUGAGGAACCAAUUUCAUCAACAAUGAAAAUUGAAAAGACAACAAUAGAAAUUGAAAAACGCAAAAAGAUUGAACAACCUGAACAAGUUGAACUUUCAACUGAAACAAUAAUGAUAACUUCAGAAGCAAAAGAAAUUGUUGAUUCUGGCAAACCAUUGGAAACGGAUGAACAUUUAGUUUUACCUAAAAAGCAAGAAGUAUCAGCUAAGCCAAGUAUCGUAACACAAGAAGCAAUAGUAAUUGCUGAAGGUACUAUCGAUGGGUCAACUAAAUCAUUAGAAACAAAAAUUCCACAAGAAAAAGCUAGUGUUGAUUUGACUCAAUCAAAAGCAGUUACAAUUGAUGAAACUGGAUUAGUAGAGAAAGAGGUGGAAUUAAAAUCCCCCAUUCAACCAACCAGUAGAAGAGCCAAAGUUAAAAAGGACAUCACUAAACAGAGAUCUUUAUCAAUCGAAAGAGCUAGUGUCAUGGAAAGUGAAUCGUCUUUACCAAGUGAUAAACAAGAAUACCAACUUGCACAAGUUGAUUUGACCCUUUUGGACACUGCAGCACAAACAGUUUCUUCGUCGCCCUUUGAAUCCACCAAAUUACUUACUGAUCAGACUGAUCAAGUUUCUUCUGCAGAUUUACAUAUUGAUGUUAACUCUGCAAUAACAAUCACCAGUGCCACAACAAUACACCAAGAAACUUGUUUACCAGAUAUUGAUAAACCAGACACAAAAUCAGCUUCAGUUGAUAUAACACCUUUAACUGUUCCUGAAAAAAGAUUAGAAAUCGAUGUUAUGGAAACUGAAACUCCGGCAUCUGAUGAUACUCCAGAUUCUCAUAAAAUUGUACCAAAGGCACCAAUAAGAGUAAAACAUUCAUUAAUUAUUACCAAAGGACAACCAAUUGAAACAGAAAAGACAAUUGAAUCAAGUUCAAUUGAAAUGUCAUCAACUAAAGUUGAAGUUACUCCAAGUUCAUCUUUAUUGAUUACUCAAAGUCAGCCUUUAGAAACUGAAGUCAACAUUGAAAAAAGUGAAAGCACAAGACAAUUAGCAUCAAUUGGUUUAUCAGAUGAACAAAAUAAACCAUUAAGUGUUUCAUCAACUGAAAUUAUAGAAACUGGAUCAGAUCUGAAACCCGAAAUUACAACUACAGAAAAACCUAAAAUUGGUUUUACAGAAAGUCAUUCAAUUGAAAUAACAUCAAAAACAAUUGGUGAAUCUGAAAAAGAAUUGGCUAUUCCAGUUGCACCUGAAAGAAAGAAAGGAACUAAAAAAGUGAAUCUUAAAAAACAAAGAUCAGUGUCGAUAGAAAGACGUCAACUUGUUGAUUCAGUAACACCAAUAGUUAAUGAUGAAGCACCAAGGGAUAAAGCAAAGGAAUCGAUUCUACCGAAAACUUCUAAGUCUCUUUCAAUUUCUACAGUUGAAACAAACGAAUCUACUGAGCUUGAAAAGCCUGUUGAUACACAAAUGGAGAGAGCAGAACAGCAACUAACUUCUUCAACAGCAUUUACCGUAGGACUUGAUGAAUCUGUUGAGCGAGAAGGUGAACUUAAGAUGCCAACGCAAGUUAAGGAUCAGGUCACCGAAAUUCAUGACGAUCUUCCUCGCAAAAGCUCAGUGAUUGUGAGCAACUAUCCUUUGAUGGAGAAAGAAGGUACAGCGAUAAUUGACCAAUUCAAUAAAUCACGUUUAGAGCCACAAUCAAUACAAGAAGCGAUAUCAGUGCCUUCAGUUAGUCAGAUAUCACCUUUUGAGACUGAAAAGUUACUAUCAACCGAAAUUCCUGACAGCAGUGAAGCACAGGCGAGUCUUACAAUGAGCAGAGAACUAAAUGUCGAGGACAAUGAAAUUGUUCAACAAGUUCUCCCAUUGGAUAUCAAUAUUCGCCAUCCUGGAGAAGCUUUGACUGACAUUCCGACAAUGAUGAUAGCUGAAUCCCAAGUCACAAUGCCUGCUGAGAAGGAAUCAGAAAUAAAAGAACCAGAACAAGAAACUAGAAAAAUAAAGCCAAAGAAACCUUUAAAACCAAUGCAUUCUUUGGAGGUGCAAAGUGAAGAGCCUUUCGAGAAAGAAACUGAUUUGGUUACUAAACUAACAACUGAUUCUGCAUCAGAAAUGACACAAUUGACACUCCGAUCAGCUUUGACGGUUGCCACUCCAAGCUCAUUGGAGGCAUAUCAAGAUUCAGAUAUUGCAGAUGUUUGCAAGCCAGAAGAAGCUGAAUCAGUAAAAACUACACAAAUAGUUGAAUCGAUAAACAUCACAACAACACAACCUAUUGAGACUACAACCGCAACUUCUGACGAAAAGAUUGACUGGGAAGUUCCAACUGUGAGUCUAUCCGUUAGUUCAGCAGCAACAAUCACUGAAAAGAUCGCUGGUGAAACUGAAUCAUCUUUGGAGAAGCAGCCCAUUCCUGAAACAAAACAAGCGACAACAAAAACAGGUGACUUGAACAAAAGUCUGAAUAUUAAUGCACAGCAACCUAUUGAAACAGUUGGUGCCAUUACAUCAACACAGCAAACUGAACAAAAAGUGGUUUCUGAUCUUGUGCCUGGUAAGGCCAUUGUUAUUUCGAGCAAUGAAACGAUAGAAAAUAUUGUAACAUUAACAAUUGAGAGUCCAGCAGUUCAAACGGUUUCCUCAGUUUUAAGUGAAUCAAUUCCAUUGGAAGUCACAAGUAACGAAAUAGUUCAAUCUGAAGUAGAACUGGAAACAAAGACUCCAAAUAUACAGAAACCUUCGAUGAGUGUUUCAACAUCAGAAGCUAUUCAGGUUUCAUUAGAAGCUCAACUUAACUCUGAGGUGCCACUUGAAGAGCAAGAAGUGCCAAGAUCAGCUCAAGCAACUGGCAAAGUCAAAGAGUUGGAACAAAGAUCAAUAUCAAUCGAAAAACGAGAAAUACUAGAGAAAGAAGGCGAUUUAAAAAGCGAUAAACCGAAACUGGACAAAUCUACUAAGCGUCGCAAUUUGGUGAAGAAGCGCUCAGUCUCAAUCGAAAGGCCGCAAAUAUUAGAGGCAUCUGUUCCUUUAGAUACUUCACUAGACAAAAGUAUUCAAAUAGAGCAAAAAGAUAUUCCUAAAAAAUCUGUGAUAUGUCCUGAAGUGAGUCAACCAUCAACUCUUGAAUUUCCCAAGGCAUUUGAUCAAGAAACACCAGAUAAUAUGCAAACAGCAGAAAGAAAUUUUGAAUCAAAUCAAGCUAUACAAAUAGCCAGUCUUGAUGCUUUGAUUGAAUCAAGUGGUAUUGCUCCAGAUAAUGAAAUACCCAACUCAGUUACAGGAGUAGUUGUAACAACAAUAAAUCAAGUUAAUCCAUUGAUUAUAGCACAAAAAGAUUCCUUCGAACGUGAAGGUGAAGUUGAGUCAAUUCCAUCGGAAAUCGCAUCCGCUACUCUUGAACCAACAACCCGAACAACUGUUUCAGUAGCCUCACCUGAGACAUUGGAAGCGGCUGAAAGAGUUGAAGUCUCUUUAGACCAUUCAGCAACUGCUCAGAAAAGAUUAACAACUGAGUCCAAUCGAUCAAUAACUGUGUCUCAAGUACAAACAGUUGAAAUAGGAUCAGUUGUUGAAGAGAAACCAUUAAUACCAGUGAUUCCAACGAUCGGUUUAACUGAGAAUCAAGCAGUUGAAAUAGCAUCAGCAACUCUUGGGGAAGUACCGGAAUCAUUGAAAACAAAGAUGCCCAGAGAGAAACGCCUUGAAGGAAAGACUACUUUGAGAAAACAAAGAUCUGCUUCCAUCGAACGUCCCAUUAUUGUUGAAACAGUAGCUGAUGUUGAAACAAAACCUGAAACAUUAGAUAAGGCCAAAGAGCAAUUAGUACCAGAAAACUCGAUUGCAAUAACAACUCAUCAAACAGUUGAAGGAGUAGAGGACAUACAAGUUCAGGCUGCUAUUAUGACCGAGUCUGAUUUCACACAUGUUUCUCAUCAGGCUAUUGAAGUAUCUGCACAACAAUUCGUUCAAUCUGAAGAACAAUUAUCAACAGCUUCUCCUGAAAAAGUAAAAGUGAAACCAAUAAUACCAGAAAAUACAAAAACAGUUCACAAAACAUAUCAAAGUCAACCAAUGGAAUGCGAAGGCAUUUUGGAUAUUGAUGAAGUGAAAAAAGGAAAAGUUAAAUCAACAAUUGAAAGUGUUAAGCAUCGAUCAGCAUCAAUUGAAAGAAGACCAACUUAUGAAAAAGAAGGCGAAAUUUUGAUUAAGCCAUCAAAUGAAGAAACGAUAGAUGCAACUAUUGAACAAGCUGAAGCUGUGAAAGUUUCACAACACGAUUUGAUUGAGAAAGAAAGUGAAUAUGAAAUGCCUGAUGCACCACAAUCAAGCAAAGUGACGAUUAAAACGCCAAUUGUUACUCAACAAGCAAUGGAAAUAACUGUUUCUAUUCCCGGUGAAAUGGAAGAAACCACUAAACCGGAAAAACCAGAAAGGAAAAAAGUUACAAAAAAGACAAAUCUUAGAAAAUUAAAAUCAGUUUCAAUUGAGAAACCAGAACUUUCUGAAAGUAUUGUUCCAAUAGAAACAACACAACAACCAACUAAUCAAGCAGCUAAAUCAAUUGAAUCUGAUCAAUCAAUUAUUGUUUCUGAUAAUCAAAUAAUUGAACAACCAACAGAAUUGAAUAUUGAAUAUCCUGAUGCUAAGCAAAGUUCAUCAACAUUAACUGAAAGAAAUUUACAUCAUUUGGAGGUUUCACUCCAAGAUAUUGGAGUUAAAGAAAGUGAAUUGGCUUUAGAUAAACCUGAUGAAAGUAAUGCUGAUAUAAAUAUUUCACCAUCAACUGCUAUGAUUGGUACUCAAGUAAUUAGUAAUGAGAAAGAAAUUCCAAUUGAAGUUGGUGUUGAAGCUAAGCCAUCAAUACAACCAGAAUUUGAAGCUGAAAUGAGAAAAUUGAAAUCAAUUUCAAUCGAGAAAAGAGAAACAUUAGAAAUGGAAGGAAAAUUCGAGACACCUUUGCCUCGAAAAGAGAAAUUAUCAAAGAAAACUUCAAUUUCUAAGAAAAGAUCAGUUUCUAUUGAAAGACCAUUAGUUAUGGAAAGUGAAUCUUCAACUGAUAUACAAAGUCAACCUGAAAUGAAACUAAAAGAAAGUAAAGUUGAUUCAAAAUCAUCAUUUGUAACAACAAACACACAACAAGAAAGUCUUGAAAGUGAAUCACAAUUAGAUCAACCAAUAAUAAAAUCAAGUCAAGCUGAUAAAUUGAUUGAAUCAAUACCACAAGCUUUAACUGUUAUAACAAGUGAUGUUUCACAAGAUGAAAUACCUUUAGAUUUACCAAAAGAGACAAGUUCAUCUGCAUCAAUUGAUAUACCAACAAUGAUUGUUGCUGAAUCACGAGUUGAUCAAGUAAUAGAGAAAGAAGAUAUUUCAACAAUUGAUGAAAAUAUUUCAAAACCAGAAAAAAAGAAAGUAAAAGUGAAACCAACAAUACGAUCAAAACAAUCAUUUGAAGUUAUCCAAAAAGAUUCAUUCGAAAAAGAAAGUCCAAUUGAAACUGAUAAAACAGAAGUCGCUACACAAAAGCUUGAAGAAACUCCAAAAACAGUAGCAACAAUUGAAUCAAAACAAUUGUUAGAAUCUGAAGAAUCUGUGCCAAUAAUGGAUCAAAAACCUGAAUCAGCUUCUGAAUCGAUUCCAUUAAUAAAUCGAAUCGCGCUUUCAGUAGAAAGUGCUAAAUCUCUGGAUAGCACACAACCAAUUGAAGGUGCUACUAGUGAUUUGAAUAAAGCAACCAUCAAAACUGAGGAAAAGUCAACUAAGCCUGUUACUAUUUCAACAACUAUUGCAGCUGAAUCCGAGGCAGCUUUACAAACUGAGUCGAUUGAUAUGCAAAAAUCACAAGUUACUGUGACAGAAACUCACGCUUUAAAGAUAACAACACAGGUUACAAACGAGAUUGAAGGAAUUUUGGCCGAAGAUAAACCAAUAACUCAACGAAUUAAGAAGUCCGUUAGUUUCAAAGAACAGAAAUCGCUAUCAAUAGAAAAGCCAACAUCGUUGGAAUCAACGAGCAAUUUAGAUCAUUCCAAACAAGACGAAGACAAAGCAAGAAAGACAAUGGACGAAGAGCAAUCAUUAAAUGUAACGUUGGAUCAACCCUACGAUUCCAUAGAAAAAUUCCAAACUGAACAAUCACCAGCAAAAACAGCUUCAACAGAAAUUGUCGAUUUGACAAACAAAGCGAUUCAAAUUUCUAUACAAGAACCAGUAAUGUCUGAAGAGAAAAUGGAUACGAUCAAAUCUGAAGAAUCAAUAGCUGAACUUAAUUUAACUGAAUCAGAAGCUGCUUCUGGAAUAAUUAGUCAACCAGUUGAAUCUGAAGUUACAUUAGAUGUCGAUUCUUUGCCUGAAAAAGUGAAACCAACAAAAACAUUAACAAAGAAAAAAUCAAGAUCAAUUUCAAUUGAAAGAAAACAAAGUUAUGAGAAAGAAGACAAACUCGAUGUUGAGUUAUGUAAACCAGAAAGUGCUAAGCCUGAUAUUAGUGAUACUCAAGCAAUAUCAAUUGGAAUUGAUGUUCCGAUUGAAAAAGAAGAACAAUUAAAAGAAGAUGUUAAACCAGAGAAGAAAAAGGUUAAAGCAAAGAGACCUUUGAGUAAAACAAGAUCAGCAUCAAUUGAAAGACCACAAUUAAUGGACAAAGAAGAUGAAUUUGAUGUGAAAAAGCCGUUGGUCGUUACAGCAACAACAUCAAUGGUUCCUCAAAAGACGACUGAAAGUUCAACAGUCGAUACAUUGGAAAGUGAACAAGUUGCAAUACCAAUAGAUGAAAGUCAAAUUGCUGAGAAAACGGCAAAAAUAUCAACCGAAGCAAAAUUAUUAGAGAAAGUAAAAUCAUCUAAAAAACUGUUGACAAUGAUUGGUGAACCUGAAAUUGAAAGACCAAAAAUAGAACAAGAAAUUGAAAUUGAAUCUAAAGGACGUAAACCAAUUCGUAAAGAAAUUAUUCAAACGUUUAAAAAAGUUGGUGAUAAAAUAACAUCCAUUCAAGUUGAAUCAACUCAAUAUGAAGAUUCAAUUGUUGAUAUUACUAUGGAACAAGAUAGCAGACAAGAAAUUGAUAUUGAAUCUAAAAAGAAAGGUGAUUUAUUCGUUGAAGAAUUAACAACUGAAUUUGGUGAAUCACCAACUCCAACAACAACCAAAAUGGAAGAUUCUAUCAGUAUUGAAUUACCUGAGGAAGACCAAGAAGUAAUAUCAAAAGAGAAAGAUAAAUCAUCUGAAUCAAUCGAGAUAAUGCCUGAUAUGGAUAUUAAGGUUGAAUCUAAAGGAAAGAAAGACAAGAAAAAGAAACCUAAAUUCAGUGAAAGGUUUGAAUCUGAAAGACCAAUUUCUGAUAUUGAAAGUCCUGAAGAAGUCGUCACAUUGCCAACAAAGAAACCAACUUCAAAGCCUGAUUUCACUGAAAGAUUUGAAAUUGACCAGCCUGAAGAAAAAAUGGACAACCUCAUUGCAGAAGGUAUAGAAUCAAUUGAUAAUGCUGAAUCAAGCUUCACAAUUAAAGCUCAGGAAAAGGUUCAAGGUCCUGAGUCCACUUCUGAGGUUGAUGUUGCAACCAUUGUUAGCAUUGAUGAAAGUCCAAAAGAAACUCUGCCAGAAUCAGACGACUCUGUUUUCCUUGACGUUCCCGCACCUACUGAUGUGAGCGAAAUCACUUUGGAAACAAAGCCAAAGGACAGGGAAGAAACUGAAGAUGAAAUUGCUUUCGCACAUGCUACUAGUAAAGCUAAAAGGGUUCGCUUCUCGAUUGGUGACGCCAUUUUACAACCCGGCGAGUCAAUUGACGGUUCGGAAACAAUAUCUAUUGAUAUGCCUAUGGAAACCACUGUUUUCUCAGUACCUGAAGCUGAAAAGGAUGAAAAACCUGAAGAAUCAAGUAAAGUUUCAUUUAAGCUUUCUAAGCCUAAGAAUGAACUAGAUGAAACUGAAACAUCUGUUUCUUUGAAAAAAGAAGAACCUUCAAAACCAUUAGUCGAAUCGACAGAAACUGAACAAGCUACUUUCAGUUUUGGUUCAAGAAAGCCGUCAGUCGAACAAGAAGAUGUUAGUGAAACAUUUACGCUCCAAAGUUCGGAGAAAACGGUAUUCCAAGUUCCUGAUGUUGAACAAGAGACUUCAGUUUCCGUUGACUUUGUUUUACCAGAACGAAAACAAUCAUUCGUUAGUCCAUCACCAUUCCUCGAAAGUGUUGAAACGGUAGUUGAUGCACCAUUAUUUAAGAAAGAAACGUCGAUGGAGAAUCAAGUUGUUACUUUCCAAGUUCCAGGUUAUGUAGAAGAAGAAAUUAUUGUUUCUACUGAAAUUGUUGUACCAACUGAAAAGCAAAUGUUUAUCAGCCCAUCCGAAAUUCCAGUUGAAACUGAAAAGAUCGAAUUAAAGGAUAAGAAAGAAACAACUGAAACUGCAAUUUUAGAAACUUCAAGUCAACCAAUACAUUUCCAAGUCCCUGAUUUACCAGUAGAGGCAAAUGAAGUUGUUGAUUUGGAAAUCCCUUGUAAAGUUCAAUCGUUCGUCCAGCCAAAAGAUGAAAAGAUCGAAGAAAAACCUAUUGAAACUAGUGUAAAGAAAAUCAAAAAGAAACAAGAAACUGUCGAAUCAACAUCCAUUGAGACAACUGGAAAACCAAUUGUCUUUAAUGUUCCUGAAACUCUAAAAGAGUCUACGCAAAUUGUGACAGUCGAAAUACCCGAUCGUAAACAAUCACUGAUAAAACCAGAAGUGAAUCUGUCUGAGACUGAACAACCAACUUCACCGACUGAAGUGAUCGCUUCCAAAGAGAAACCAAAAGAUGAGAUAAAAAUCGAAUCAGUCGAAUUAACUAUUCCAGAGAAAGAAACUGUUUUCCAAGUUCCUGAAAUUACUGAGCAAACAGUGCGAUCAGAUAUUAAUAUCCCAUGUCGUCGUCAAUCAUUUGUAUCACCUUCGUCUAUUCCAAUUGAAGAAUCAAAACGUAAAAAAUCUGUUGCAGAAACAGCCAAUGAAUCAACAACCAUUGAAACAACCGGUAAACCGAUAGUUUUCAAGGUACCAGAAACAAUGGAUGAAAAUGUUUCCAUAUCUCUUGAUAUUCCUGGGCGAAAACAAUCUGUUGUUAAACCAACUCCUCUUCCAGAGGAAAAGGAAGAAACAAAAAUUGUGGAAUCACCUGAGAAAGUGACUGAAUCUGAAGAAUUAAUUGUGAAAUCAGAAAAACCGGAAGAAGAUCAAGAAGAAACAACAACUGUCAGCUUUAAGCAAAAGAAACCGGAACAUUCUGUACCAGAAGAGAUCUCUGUUUCUUUGAAGGCAAGAAAGCCGUCCAUUGGUGAUAAAGAUACUCCAAUCCAGGAAGACAUUGAAACAUCGAUAACAGUCAAGAAAAAACCAAAGAAAAGGCCAUCAGAUGCUGAGGCUGUCUCCAUGGUUAGUUUGACUAUGCCAUGUAGAGAAACAGCUUUCACUAUUCCAGCAGAAACAUCGAUUGAUAUUCCUAAAAGAGCAUCAAUAACUACUGUAGAUACUGUUACUGAAGCUGUAAAACCUGAGGAAAUGCCUGAAGAGAAACAAGCAGAAGAAACUAUAGAUACGAUAAAACUUAGAAAACCGUCAAAAGAACAAGAAUCACCUGUAGAAGUAUCUAUUGUACCUCAAAAAGAUCAUGAAACUCCAGUACAUGUUGAGUCAAUCAAGUUACCGAAAAAGGAAGAACAGAAAAGUCAACCUGAGGAAGUAACUUCUGUUCAACUAAAAGCGCCUAUUUCAGUUCCAGAAGAAGUUGAGACUACUUCAAUAACUCUGAAAAAAUCAUCGAUUCCUGAUAAACCAAGCGAGGAAUCACAGCUGACCAGUGAGUUCAAGUUGACAUUACCGACAAAAGAAGACGCAAAUGUACAAGAGAUCGAGAAACCAAUCGUGACAAUGGAAACAUCAAUAGCAAUAAAGAAGAAGCCAAAGAAAAAGAAAGAAAUUGAAGCCAGUAGUACAUCUUUAACAAUACAAAGUAAACCAGAAGAAGCAACGGUACCAGAGAAAGAGGCCGCUACUUCGGAGCUAACUUUGUCGACUGAAAAAGUAUCCAUUUCGCCUCGCAGAACUUCUUUCCAAUCUCCAGAAAACAUUCCAGAAAAACCUACAAAAGAAAUUGUUGAACAAAUUAUCAAACCAACAGAGGAAAACAAAGAGGAGAAACCUGAAGAGGAUAAAAAACCUAUUGAAGUGGCGAUCAAACUGCGUAAACCUUCAGCUCCUCAAGUUGAAGCUGAAGCUGUAAUCACAAAACAACGAAAAGAACUUGAAAAUAUGGACACAGAAAUUGUGAUCAAGAAAAAACCAAAGAAGAAAUCUGCUGACGCAGAAAUGACAACUAUUGUAACUAAGCCUGCUAUUGAAGAAGUUAAGGUUCCUUCGUUAGAUGUCGAGGCUGAAUUGUCCAUAGUUAAAACAGACCAAGUUUCAAUGGUUGGUGAAAAGGUUGAAUUUUCAGCGCCAGAAGAAUCCAAAGAUCAGCCGGAGGUAUCUUCAGUAACAAUGCGAAAACCUAGUAAAGAUUACGAGGAAGAUCUAAAAGCUGAGUUUAAGAUUCCAAAACCAUCAUCCGUUGAAAUCGAUGUUUCGGAAAAGCCUAAAGAAGUUGAGGAUUCAUUGACUGAAAUAACAAUUAAAAAGAAACCUAAAAAGACAAAGAAAGAAGUAGCUGUUGAAGAAGCUGUUACAAUCAGUCCAACUGUUACAGAGGAAACAAAACCUAGUGAAAUAGAAGCUGACGAACUAACAAUUCGUAAAGAGGUUGAAAUUCCUGGUGAAAUAGUUACACUUAAGCCAGAUUUAGACGAGACAACUUCAGUUGAAGUGAUUAAACCUGAAGAAAAACCUGAUAUAAAACCAGAAGAAACGGAAACACAAGCAGAAUUUAAGAUUCGUAAGCCUUCAUUACCUGUUGAAGCUACUAUUAUUGAUAAACCCAAAGAAGUUGAGGAUUCAACAACCGAAAUAACUAUCAAGAAGAAACCCAAAAAGGUUCCUAAAAAGGAAGAGACUGUUGAAGAAGCCGUAAUAAUAAGUCCAGCUACUCAAAUUGAAGCUAAACCAGGUGAAGUUGAAGCUGAUGAGUUGACUAUUCGUAAAGUUGUCGAAAUUCCAGGUGAAACUUUUACAGCUCAACCUGAGAAAGACGUUGAAGAAACAAAACCUGAAUCAGAGGAAGCAGCAGUUUCACUCCGAAGACCGAGCAAGAAACCAGAGGAAGAGGAAGAUUUCAAAGCAGAAUUCAAGAUUCGUAAGCCUUCGUUACCUGUUGAAGCUACUAUUAUUGAUAAACCCAAAGAAGUUGAGGAUUCAACAACCGAAAUAACUAUCAAGAAGAAACCCAAAAAGGUUCCUAAAAAGGAAGAGACUGUUGAAGAAGCCGUAAUAAUAAGUCCAGCUACUCAAAUUGAAGCUAAACCAGGUGAAGUUGAAGCUGAUGAGUUGACUAUUCGUAAAGUUGUCGAAAUUCCAGGUGAAACUUUUACAGCUCAACCUGAGAAAGACAUUGAAGAAACCAAACCUGAAGAAUCGAUUGUUAAACUUCGCAGGCCGUCAAAAUCUAAACCCGAAGAUGUUAGCGCAUCGCAAUUUACAUUAAGACGUCCAAGUGAUUCUGAAAUACCAGAAAAAGAGAAGACUGUUCAGGAUGUUUCAACGGAAAUCAAAAUUAAGAAAAAAAUCAAAAAACCAAAAGAAAAGGAAGUCACAUCUGAAGAGACUAGUGUGAUGCUACCAUCAAUUAGUCAAGAAAUAACUAAACCUCAGGAAGAAAGCUCUGCGGAACUUACAAUUAAAAAACCAAUUAUUGAUGAAAGAGGCGACAAGCCUGAAGAAGAAGAGGUUGUUAAUGCGUUCAAACUAUCGGCACCAAAAUCUGAUAGUGAACCACAAGAAGCUGCAUUUACUGUUCGUCGACCAUCAAAAGUAGACACUGUAAAAGAAUCAGAGGAAGUGUCUGCCGAUCUUUCAUUUACUUUGAAGAGACCUUCACUUACUGUCUCCAUUGAAGGGGAAUUAACACUUCCCAAGAUUCAACCUAUUGUUACAUCUCCAGUCGAAGACUCAUUUGAAUUAACUUUAGCACCGAAGCCAAGGGCAAAAACAACUACAGAAGAGAUGACAGAAGCAGAUACAAUUGUGUUACCUUCAACGGAAGAACCAGUCGUAUAUAAAGUCUCUGAAGAGACUGCUGAAAUAACAAUCAAAAAACAGGUUUCUGAAGAAGAAUAUGAUCUAUUGAAAUCAAAAGAUGAGAAAACCAUGAAACCUCCUUUGAGACGCAAAGAAAGUAUUAAAAUAACCAAAGAAAAGCCAAAAGAAGAUACUGAAGAAUCAGUUGUUAGUCUUCGUCGUAAGAAGUCUGAUGAUAAACCUGUUGAGGCUGAAUUCAGUUUAAAGAAAGAAUCGCCAAAAGAAACUUCUCCAGUUGAGGAGAGCUUCACUAUUCCACCGAAACCCAAACCUAGGCGGAAGUCUUCAACUCAAUUGGAAUUGGUAAAAGAGACAGUUUCUCUUGAAACACCAGAUUCCGCUUCUACUGUUUAUUCUGUUCAAGAAGAAUCAGAUUCCAUAACGAUAAAGAAAGAAGUUAGUGAAGAAGAAUAUGAGAAACAUUUGAAAGAAACUAAAGACAAAGAAGACGACAAAUCAGCUAAAUUUAAAUUACCCCGUAAAAAAUCUGAUGAUAAACCAGUUGAAGCUGAGUUUAGUUUGAAAAAAGAUGAACCUCGUGAAACAUCGCCAGUUUCUGCAGAAUUCACAACUCAUACCAAACCUAGGCGUAAAAGUUCAACAAGCUCUGUUGAAAUAAGUCAAACAAUUAAAUCAGAUAAAAUUAAACAAGAGGAAACUGCCACUGAUUAUAAGAUAUCAGAGGAGAGUGUUGAGGCUACCAUUAAGAAACCAGUCAUUAUCCAAGAAGAGGAUGAAGAGACUGAGUUCAAAUUUAGACGCCGACGAUCAGAAGAGAAGCCAGUUGAAUCUGAGUUUACUCUUAAACAAAAGCAACCUUCACCUCAAUCAGGAUCACCGGUUGAAGAAAGCUUUACUCUGCCAGGGAAAACCAAGAAGGUAAAGAAAGUAUCAUCAGUAGAAGCUGAUGCCGAAUCAGAAAAGGUUAUUUUACCUACGAGGAAAGAAUCUGUUGAUUACAAAAUCACUGAAGAACAAGCAGAAAUGACAUUGAAAAAGGUUGUUUCUCAAGAGGAAUACGAUCAAUCUAUUGGUAAAAAGAAGCAAAGCGAUGAAGAUGAUGAGGCCUCAUUCAAAUUGAGACGCAAGAAAUCAGAAGAUUCUACUGUUGAAGCUGAUUAUUCUUUACGUCGAGACUCAGUAAAGUCAACCAGCUCGGUUGAUGAAGAAUUUACUAUUAAAGGAUCCAGAAAGUCGUCUAAGAAAUCUUCCUCAAUUGAUUCAACCUCUCGAACUGAAUCCGUUGAAUCUGUUAUUCGACGAGAAAGUGUUGAUGAUGACAGAAGGAAAUAUCGUAUUGAAGAAGAAGAAGAUCAAUUGACAAUUCGGAAGGAGGUUUCUGAGGAAGAAUAUGAAAGAUUAACCAAGAGUAAGCGACGUGAUUCUAAAACUGAAUAUCGAUUUGGAUUAAGACGUAAAUCAAGUACCACAGGUGAAAGCACCGUUGAAGGUAAAUUUUCGGUGAAAAGGGAUGACUCAAUUGAAAGAACCAAACAUAUUGGUGAAACAGUUGAGGAAUCAUUUGAUUUACCUACAUCAAGUAGAACGACAAAGAAACGAAGUAAACGUAUAACCGAGGAUUCAAGUGAAUCAGAGUCAAUUAAGUUACCAAAUAAAAUUGAACAAGCUGAAUAUAAAGUAACAGAGGAAUCAUCUGAAGCCACUGUUCGUUUGGUGGCAUCAGAGUCUUACAUCGCUGAAUCACCAGAUGCCUUAACCAUCAUGGAAGGUGAAAAGGUUUACCUGAUUGAAAGAUAUUCAACCGAUUGGUGGUUUGUUAGAAAACAUUUAACCAAAGAGGAAGGUUUGGUUCCAGCUCAUAUAUUGACUAAUAUAGCUGAGUUCACUCACAAUAUUAAUGAAAAAUUGAGUGAAAAGAUCCAGAGAUUACCAACUUUUGGAAAAACUGGCAAACCAGAGGAAUUGGAAGCUCCUACCUUUAUUAAGAAAAUUGAAUCGGGAACAUGUUCAGAAGGGCAAAGUUAUACCUUCCAGUGUCAAAUCUCUGGUACUCCUAGACCAACAGUUACCUGGUUCAAGCACACCUCGUUUAUAAAGUCUUCUGAAGACAUUGAAAUUAUUUAUGAAGAAGAUAUCUGUAAAUUAAUCAUCAAGGAAACUUAUUUAGAAGAUUCAGGCACUUAUACAGUCGUUGCUAAAAACCCUGCUGGUUUUGCAACUUGUUCAGCCGAUCUAUUCAUUGAAGAAACUGAUAUUUCGACAACCAUUUCUCGUCAAAGUAUGUCCCGUGAAUCAUCCAUUUGUAAUUCACUCAGUUUGGAUGGAAUCAUUCCAUUCUUUACUGAGCCAUUGCGAUCUCGUACGGCUCCGCAAGGAUCGACAGUAACAAUGGAAUGUUCAUUAGCUGCUGAGCCUAAGCCAUCUAUUAGUUUACGCUUUAACAAGGAGACUGUUAAAUCAUCAAGAGUGAUCAUUGAAACAUCAGAAGAGCUUAGCUUGUACAGAAUAACAAUUACCUUUAAAAGUAUUGAACUAUCUGAAAGUGGAUCUUAUGAAUUGAUUGCCAGCAAUGAACGUGGUGUGGCCAAAACAAGCUUCAAUUUAACUGUAAUAGCUGAUUCAAGUUAUGGACCUGUUCUGAUUGAAAAGUUUAGUGAUUGUUCAGUACCAGAAGGUGAACCCUUAAAGUUAACCAUCAAAACUCUCAAAACCAAAGGCAAAGCAAAAGUCUCAUGGUAUAGAAAUGGCAAAAAAUUGAAAGAAACCAGAACAAUCCGAAUGGUUGAGGACACAAUUAAUUAUCAAUAUACUCUUAUCAUCGAGAAAACAAGCUGUGAUAAAGAUAAUACAGAAUUCAAAGUAAUUGUGGAAGAUGAUAAUGGAUCUGUCGAACAUAAAGCGAAGGUGACCAUUACUUCGGGAAAAUUAUAUUUUGUCGAGAAAUUGGUUGAAUUCGAUGUUAAAGAGCGAGAUGAAGCUCUAUUUGUCGUGAAGCUGUCCCAAGAAAACGGUUCCGUUCAUUGGGAAAAGGAUGGUAAUUUGAUAGCUGAAAGUACGAAUAAAUAUAGUUUCAUCUGUGAUUCAUAUUAUCGUAAAUUGUUGAUAAAAGAUGCUCAUAUUGCUGACGAAGGGGAAUACUCUUGCGUGUUGGAAAAUGGAGAUCGUUGUUCAGCUGAUUUAGUUGUUAUUGAACUUCCACCUGAAAUAACUGAGCGUCUCGAAGAUUUAACUGUAUUAAAAGGAGAAAAAAUUGAACUGACAAUUGGAUUAACUAAAGGAGAUGCUUGGGUUCGUUGGUAUAAAGACGAUACUGAAAUUUCUUUCAAUUCUCGUGUUCGCCUAGAAAUUGAUGGUAAAAAGCAGAAAUUUAUUAUCGCUAAAUCAAGAUUAACUGAUGCAGGAACCUAUUCUUGCACAGUUGGUGAACAAUCAUCUUCCUGUGUUGUAACAGUAGAAGAAACUUCUGAUGGUGGAGAUCAGUCAAGAUCAGAAACAACACAUACUGUUACAUUUGAUGAAGAGCCAACCUUCCGUUACUUUGAAAGAGCUGACGGUGAAAAAGAUGACCAAACAUCUCAAACAUUUAGUACAACAUCUCAAACAUCAUCGUGGAUGAGAGAAGCUGGUGUUGAUCCGGUUGUUCGUAGUUACAUUAGACACAAAUUAAUGGGCCGAAAUGAAUAUUUCUUCAAGAUUUGGCACUAUCCUAAGAAAGAAUCUCGAUCAAAAUGAAUAUCCUGAAGGAAACUUACAUUUAAAUACUUCAUCCUCAUCAAAUUAUUCAGUAAUUAAGAAACAGGCGUUAUCCAAAGAUCUUUCAUUCUUUUUUUCAUCCAAUAUUUUAAAUUCAUUUUUUUGUUGUCCUUUCAAUUAACCCUUUCCUUCCUAUUCAUCUUAUGUUAUUUUUCUCUCCCUCCUUUUUAUCAACCCUUUCUCCCUGACAAGUUGAAAAAUAAAAUCAAGAUGAGAUUGAAAUUUAACUGACAUAAAUGUAAAUAUUAAAAUAAAUAACAAUAAAGUAAUCACAUUUAAAAAUAAU